AUGGCGUCUUUCCUUCCUUCGUCGAGCCUCAGCUUCCUUCUCAUGUCAUUGAUGCUGGUAACCAUUAGCACAACAGUGGUUGCAAAGGUCGUUUACCGGCCGAGUCCAUGGAACCUUGCCCACGCUACUUUUUACGGUGAUGAGACAGCCUCCGAGACUAUGGGAGGAGCUUGCGGUUAUGGAAACUUGUUCAGUAAUGGGUAUGGUACAGAUACAGCAGCAUUGAGCUCAACACUAUUCAACAACGGAUAUGCUUGCGGAACUUGUUACCAGAUAAAAUGUUACGGGACAAGUGCAUGCUUUGGAAAUGUUGAAUUCACCACCGUCACCGCCACCAACCUUUGUCCGCCAAACUGGUCCGAGGACUCCAAUGCCGGAGGCUGGUGCAACCCUCCCCGCACCCAUUUCGACAUGGCCAAACCUGCCUUCAUGAAAAUUGCUCAGUGGAAGGCCGGCAUUGUUCCCGUCAUGUAUCGCAGAGUGCCGUGCAUGAGGUCGGGCGGCCUUCGAUUCUCUUUCCAAGGAAACGGGUACUGGUUGUUGGUGUAUGUGAUGAAUGUGGGAGGAGGAGGUGACAUUGCAAGCAUGUGGGUGAAAGGAAGCAGAUCAGGGUGGAUACAAAUGAGCCAUAACUGGGGAGCUUCAUACCAGGCAUUUGCAACCUUGAAAGGCCAAGCUCUCUCUUUCAGGCUAACUUCCUACACAAGCAAAGAGACUAUAAUUGCCUGGAAUGUUGCUCCUUCAAGCUGGAAUGUGGGUUUGACUUACAAUUCAAAUACCAACUUCCAUUGA